AUGUUGGGGCCAGUGGAGCCCAGGGUGUGGCUUAUGGGGACGAACGCAUUUGAGCGGACGAUGGAGCAUCAUUCUGGGAUGAAGGCGCUUUGGGAGACGAAGUGGAAGCUGCCGUACAACAUCAACGACGGCACCUCCCCCUCGUACACCCAAGCUUUCUUCCCCACCGCAGCCUCCCUAACCACCAAGGGCGACGAAGCCCUCUCUUCGGGAGACACCGCCACCGCAAGCGCCCUCUACCUCCGCGCCGCCAGCGUCCUCCGCAUCGCGCGCUUCCCCUACAUCACUUCCUUCCCCACCAUAAACUGCCCCAUAAAAUGGCGCGCCUGGGAGCAGCAAAAGCUCGUAUACAUGAAAGCAGCCGCCCUCUGGCCCAACCCCGUCGAAGACAUUUCCAUCCCGCACAAAUACGCCUCCGGGCUCGACCGUCCAACCAUCCCCGUCUACGUCCGGGCCCCCUCGACGACGAACCCCUGCCCCGUCGUGAUACUCAUGACGGGGCUGGACGGGUACAGGCCCGACAACACGGUACGGUGCGACGAGUUCCUCGCGCGGGGGUGGGCUAGCGUCGUCGUGGAGAUUCCGGGAACGGCGGAUUGUCCGGCCGAUUCGGCGGAUCCGAUGAGUCCAGAGAGGCUGUGGGAUAGCGUGCUGGCGUGGAUGGAGGAGGAUGGGAGGUUUGAUAUGGGGAGGGUCAUGGUUUGGGGAUUGAGUUCGGGGGGUUACUAUGCGGUGAGGAUCGCGCAUACGCAUAGGGAGAGGCUGGUUGGGUGUGUUGCGCAGGGGGCGGGGUGUCAUUAUUUUUUUGAUGAGGCGUGGUUGGAGAGGGUUGAUGGGCAUGAGUAUCCAUUUAAACUUACACCGGCCAUGGCGAUGAAGCAUGGGUAUGAUUCGGUGGAGGAGUACAAAAAAGGCGUGCAGAAGAAGUUUUCCCUUCUUGAGACGGGCAUCAUUCAGAAGCCAUCGACAAGGCUACUGCUCAUCAAUGGCACGCUAGACGGCCUCAUGCCGAUUGAGGACUCGAUGAUGUUGUUCGAGUACGGGUCGCCAAAGGAGGCGAGGUUCUUCAGCGGAGCAUUGCACAUGGGCUAUCCCAUGGCCAACUCCUCCGUGUACCCCUGGAUGGAGAGCGUCAUGGAUGGAGCCAAGAGGACUGCUUGA